AUUGUAGUAUUUUUUCAUACCAACUGGGUAAACAAAUUUUCUUUGAAAGCCUCUUGUGGCAAAAAAUUAUCUUUGGAUUGAUAGUCCGCCAUCUUCGCCAACGAUGCGAUCGUGUUCCCGUAAAUAAAAGAAUGGCCGCUACUAAACCAAGGAUAAUCCCAAUUCCUUGCACAUCACACCAACACAAAGAGUCCCAAACCAACAUCGAAGACAGCCUUAAAGUAUUUCUCUCAACAGACAUGGAAUUUAAGGUCAAGAAAGAGAAAUGGCGCGACCUGGCCAAACAAUUAAAAAUCGCCGUUUUCGUGGGCAUCUGGAUCGUGUGCAGUUGUGCCCUAAUGACCAAAAACGUCAAAGUUCAGCACAUGCACCAGUUGAGCAUUUCAAGUGGCGAAACGAAAAGUUUUUUGAUUUUCGAGGAGCCGCAAAAUACGCACUUUCGGGUCACUCUGGAAGGUGCCCUUCUUCCGUCGUGUUACGAGAACUUGUCGGUGAAUUUUCUGAACGUUUGGGUGCAGUUGGUAGUCCUGAAGCAGCCGUCCCGGAAACUAAAACCCAGCAAUGUUCUUCUCGUCCAGAACGUUUCGGACCUUUGGGAAGUGGCUCUGGUGCCGGAAAAGCUGAUUGAUGUGGUUCCGGCAGUGACGCAUGAGAAGACGUUUCAUUUGAAUUCGAUCAAAGUUGGCGAUUUUAAUAAUAGUUUAUUGGAGGUUCGGUUUAGUACCAAUAUGAAGACAAAUUUUCCUCUAUCGCUAGGUUAUAACCUUGAACCGAUUAACACCGACUUGGGGAUUAUUUACGCAGGGUUGGUACUAAUUGGUUUGUAUAUCGCCAUAAUUUUCGAGCUUGUCCACCGGACGUUGGCAGCCAUGCUUGCGAGCACUAUGUCGGUUGCGAUAUUGGCAGUACUGAAUGCCAGGCCUACUUUGGCCGAAAUUGUCUCAUGGAUCGACAUUGAGACGCUUUUACUCCUCUUUUCAAUGAUGACACUUGUGACAAUUUUAAGUGAAACAGGGAUUUUUGAUUAUAUGUCAGUCCUGGCAUAUAAGAUUACAGGUGGGAAAAUUUGGCCGUUGAUCAAUACUUUGUGUCUAACGACGGCGAUUUUUUCCUGUUUUUUGGAUAAUGUCACAACGACUUUACUCACUACGCCUGUCACUGUCAAAUUGUGUGAAGUUAUGAAACUAAACCCUGUUCCCGUACUUAUGUAUAUGUUGAUUUUUGCAAAUAUAGGGGGCGCUAUCACCCCGAUCGGUGAUCCCCCCAAUGUCAUUAUUGCAUCAAAUGCUGAUGUCAUCAGAUCGGGUAUUAAUUUUGGGACUUUUACUCUGCAUAUGGGAGUGGGGUCCAUAAUUGCCUUCUUGGUCGUUUAUGCACAGCUGAGGUACAGCCAUCGGGACCUUAAGCUCUUCAAAUAUGCGGAACCCACCGAAGUACAAGAACUUCGUCGUGAAAUAGCCGUUUGGAAACGUGCUGCAGCUUCUUUGAGUAGCUAUAGCAAGGAUGAAGACACGGUAAAAGAGUCCCUCUUACGUCGAAGUACGACUCUUUUGGGCAAACUUAAAUUAACUGCCAACAUAACAAGUUCAAACAUCGAAAAUUACACCACAAACUUGAAAGAUUUGCAACGCCAGUACCCGAUAAGAAACAAAGUACUAUUAAUCAAAUCCGGAAUAACGCUAAGUUUGGUCAUUUGUGUCUUCUUCUUACACUCAAUCCCAGCUAUGAGUAUACUAGGGCUAGGCUGGACGGCACUGCUCGGCACCUUACUCUUACUUCUUUUAUAUGACAAGGAGGACAUUGAGGGGAUUUUAGGCCGAGUUGAGUGGUCCACACUACUAUUUUUCGCAUCGUUGUUCAUCCUGAUGGAGGCCUUGUCCAGGUUAGGUUUAAUUGAUUGGGUGGGCAAACAAACGCAAACUGUGAUCAUGUCAGUUGAUCAAGACUCACGAUUGACAGUUGCCAUAGUUUUGAUUUUGUGGGUUUCGGGGAUUGCCUCAGCUUUUGUCGACAAUCUCCCCCUGACUACUAUGAUGAUCCGAAUCGCUACAAACUUGGCCAAUGAUCAAGAACUACAAUUACCGUUACAACCGCUGAUUUGGGCCCUAUCUUUUGGAGCUUGUCUUGGAGGUAAUGGUAGUUUGUUUGGUUCGUCUUCGAAUAUUGUGUGUGCCGGAGUGGCCGAACAACAUGGCUACAGAUUUACGUUUCUGCAAUUUACAAAGGUUGGCCUCCCUGUCACAAUCACAAGCAUGGCGGUUAUCACUGUUUAUUUAAUUGUGUGUCAUGUGGUGUUUUGUUGGCACUGAAUCGUGUUUUUCAAUCACUCUGUAUCUUGUUAACAUUUAUUAUUGUUAUAAAUUUCUAAUAUAAAAAUGUAAUUAUUGUCAA